GACCAGGCAGCCCGGGUUCAGGCGCCGUUCGCACCGGGGCGGAGCGCGGCGGCGGCUUCCGGCGGCCCCGACCAGGUUGCGAAAGGUUAAGGCUUGCCCGAGCCGUCCCGGGCUCACCCCUUUCCUCCUCUAGGGUGCUCCCGGUACCGCCGACAUGGAGCCGCCGGGGGGACGCGCCGCCCGCCUGGCCCUCGGCCUGGUGCUGCUCUGCUCUGCGCUGCGAACUGCCGCGGCGGCGCCGGCCGGCCCGGGGCCCCGCUCCGCUGUGGGGCAGUUCUGGCAUAUAUCUGAUCUGCACUUAGAUCCAACUUACCACAUCACUCCUGAUCACACCAAAGUUUGUUCUUCUUCCAAAGGAGCCAAUGCCUCUAACCCAGGCCCUUUUGGAGACUUUUUAUGUGAUUCUCCUUAUGAACUUAUUUUGUCAGCAUUUACAUUCAUGAAGGAUUCAAAACAGCCGGCUUCAUUCAUGAUUUGGACAGGAGAUAGCCCUCCUCAUGUUCCAGUGGAAGAACUCUCCACAAAGUUGGUCAUUAAUAUCAUUGGCAAUAUGAGUUCUACAAUUCACAGUUUCUUUCCAGAUCUUCAGGUUUUUCCAGCCUUGGGAAAUCAUGAUUACUGGCCACAGGAUCAGCUUCCUGUAACCACCAGUGAAGUUUACAAUGCUGUAGCAGAUUUCUGGAAGCCUUGGCUAACUGAUGAAGCCAUCAGCACCUUCAGAAAAGGUGGCUUUUACACACAACUGUUUGAAUCAAAUGUGAGCUCUGAACCACUCAGGAUAAUCAGUUUGAACACAAAUUUGUAUUACAGCCCAAACCAUGUGACUGUGAAUAUCACAGACCCAGCCAACCAGUUGGCCUGGCUGGAAGGAAUACUAGAAGCCUCUUCACAAAAGAAAGAAAAGGUAUAUGUAAUAGGACAUGUGCCAAUAGGAUACUUGCCGUUUGCAAGAAAUACCACAGCUAUCAGAGAAUAUUACAAUGAGAGACUGGUAAAAAUAUUCCGCAAAUACAGUAGUGUUAUUGCUGGCCAAUUUUUUGGACACACACAUAGAGACAGUAUCAUGGUCCUCCUGGAUGAAGAAGGGAAGCCAGUAAAUUCCUUGUUUGUGGCACCUGCUGUAACCCCAGUGAAGAAUGUAUGGCAAAUGGAGUCCAAUAACCCAGGUGUCAGAUUGUAUCAAUAUGAUCUCCUUAAUUAUAGCUUGCUGGAUCUUUGGCAGUUUUACAUGGACCUCAGAGAUGCCAACAAGAGAAAUGAAUCAAACUGGAAAUUAGAAUACAUCUUGACUAAAGCUUACGGCAUUGAAGACUUGAAGCCAGAAAGUUUAUAUGAAAUGGCCAAGCAGUUGUCUGUGCCACAUAGCACGUUGUUUGAGCAGUAUUACAAUAACUUCAUUGUGAGUUAUAACAAAACCAUUGUCUGUGAAGAGGGGUGCAAGAUCUGCCAAAUAUGUGCAAUCCAAUAUCUGGAUUAUUCUUCAUACACAGAUUGUAUCAAUCAGGAAGAAGCGUGGAGAUGAAAUCUCCAAUGCAAUUUAUGCUAAAGUUAACCAAAGCCUUUGAUUUAAUGAACCCGCUCAUCCUCUCACUCAAGCUCUGACGCACUGGUGUGGAACCUGUGGGACUUCUCCGAAUUUCAGGGGAGUAAUAAAUCUCCCUAGAUCUUCCUUCUUGUAAUCAUGUUUUUCUUCCAUAUCCAAAUGAAAGUUUAUUGGCUAUGUAACAGUGGGCAGAUAUUUGGCUGUUUUUUCAAGUGUCUUGUGCCUCCUGUAAGAGGCAUUAGAAAAUGUGGGAAUAGAAGUUAGUUCUUUGGAAAUCCAAGCCUGCUAUUAGGGUUUAUACACGUAGGCAAUGCCAUUUCAGGCAUGAGAUUUAUAUGUGGACAGAUUUCAGUCAUCUGCAGAUAUUUUCAAAGCAUAAUUUUCAAAACCUGUGUUUGCUGAGGCUGGAGUGGAGUUACCUUGUUGAUAUGAUACCAGUAUUAGGCAUCUUCCUGUCCCUGUACCAAGUUUCCUUUUCUCUCUUAAAGAGCUGUUAAAUCCAGCUCUGUUUAGAGGCAUGUUUUAAUGUCAGCAUUGAUGUCACUUGAUGGAUCACAAAACUGCAAACUGAAAAUGCUUAGUGUAAUUUUAGAGUAAAUGUCCAGCACCAAGUGCCUCUUUCCUAUAAUAGGGCUGUGUGUAUUAGUACUGCUCUCAAGCAGUCAACUGCUAUAAGAUUUUGCAGUACACUGUGAAUUUAAAUUGAUAAAUAACAAUCAUUAGACAAAGCAUGUACAUAUUGUGUCCAGUACAUGCAAACACAUACUCAUCAUAUUUUUUUGGUUUCUCAGGUUUAUUUUUUCAAAGAGCACUCUAAUUCUUAAUGUGAAGCUUAUCAUAUGUAUCAAUUUACUGUGAUUAUGUGUGCAAGAUGAUAAUAUUAAAAAGACAGUUUUUCUAUAGUAUGUAAUCAAGAACAGCGAGUUAACAGGAAUUUUCUGCAGACUGUGUGAGGAAGUACAGAAAAAAUUCAGUGGUAAAAAGUGAUUAUUCUCUCUAUGUUUCUUGGUUGAGUUUCUCAUGGCUGUGUUCAUUAAAAAAUGCUUCUGUUACCAGUGUCAUUUCUCCAAGGGCAAGCAAAGUUAUGGGUGGAUAGCAUGCAGGCAAUAAUAGGACAGCUGAGGUUGCUCCAGUUUGUCGGGUGGGUUUUGUUCAACUCAGUUUUGUGCUUUGGACAACUAUCUCUUUCACUGUUCUGAGUUUUCUGCUUUUUCUGGUUUUCAUUUUCUUCUGACUUCUGUUUGAACUUAAUACUACCAAAAAAACCCCACAAAAAACAAAAAAACCCCAACCAACUACAAGGCAUCCUGGAAACGUGCAAUAAAAAUUACCUAGCUACAUUCUUCGUCUGUUGCUGAAUCUUAGGGAAAGACUUGAACUAUGUAGCAGAUUAGUAGCUACGGAGCUCUUGGAUGCUGUUAAUGAUCUGUUUGGAUUGUUGCUUCCUAGAUUUUUUUUUUUUUUUUUUUUUUUUUUUUUGGGUACAUGUUACUGUUUUGUGAGCAUGAGCAAA